AUGUCAGUCGAGGACACGAAAGAUCCCAGCAGUGCAACGCUUGUACACUUCACAUUCGGUGCACAAGACGAUUUAAUAAAUGUUGGCAAAAAGGGAAGUGCUCUCGAUGUACUGUUUGAGAUGUUAUUGUAUCGCCGGUCACGCAGCUGGCAAAAGUCUCUUGAGGCUCCAAUGUUUCUUUUCGUUGAUCUCUGCGUUGAACUGAAGCGUAAUCAACAAUUCAAGAGGAUUGUUCACCAUUAUCGAAACAUUUCUAUACAAGAAUGUCCUCAAUCAUUAGAUGACGUUCUCAAGCACUACUUUGCGCUCAUCAAAGAAAAAACUGCUGAAGCUCGAAAGCAGUCCGAAGAUGCCGUACCAGAUGUGGAAGACUUGGACGUACUCGAGACACCUGAGAGUCUUAUGUUGAAUGCAGUCAACACAGAGAGCGCUCAAGGGCGUUCGGGUCACACGAUACUGAUGCCGUGGUUAAAGUUUUUGUGGGAGGCCUAUCGCAUUUGCCUUGACCUAGUUCGCAACAAUAUAAAAUACGAGCAUGUGUAUCAUCGCAUUGCAAGAGAUGCAUUCGAUUUUUGUGUUGAAUAUCGUCGCCAAGCUGAAUUUAGAAAGCUUGGGGAUAUGGUGCGCUUGCAUACAACAAGGAUUCAAAGUCAACCAGCUGCUCCGAAUGGCAUAAAUCUGACCAAUUCGGAAACACAAAUUUGGCAUUUUGAGACACGUCUUCGCCAGCUUGAUUGCGCAAUGGAACUAGAGAUGUAUAACGAGGCAUUCAAGAUUGUUGAAGACAUUUGGGGACUUGUGCUACUGGCGAAAAAAAUUGAUCGUCCCGCUCUCAUGGCAGACUACUAUUCGAAGACGGCGGAACUUUUCCUGCGAUCUGGAUACUACCUCUUCCAUGCUGCAGCUCUUUACAAGCGCCUUGCACUCUACCGAGAGCAUAAGAAAGCUCCUUCUGUUGAAGAGCUUUCCUCUCUUGGCUCCAAGGCGCUAUGCGCGGCCCUCUCUGUGCCACUUCCUCACGCCCGUGCUCAAUUCUCCAUUUUCUCCGGCGAAUAUAAUCAAGCUAAGCAGAAAGCUCUUGCCAGUCUUUUGGGCCUUUCUACAGUUCCAACCAGAGCUUCUCUUCUUGCCGACCUGUCCAUGGGUCGGGUACAGACUAUUGUCCCUCCAGAACUGGCAGCGCUAUACCACGCUCUUGAGGUUGACUUUCAGCCACUGAAGUUGAUGCAGCGUGUUCAGCCGGCGCUGGACCGUAUUGCGGAGGAUUUGACGUUGAACGCCUACCUAGAGCCUCUGCAUGAUAUCGUCGUCUCCAAAACAUUGCUCCAGCUUUCACAAGUCUACCGCUCGUUGCGUUUUGAUGAACUUGUUCGCCUUUGUCCAUUUUAUGAUCCACUAACAUUGGAAAGAUGUGUGAUUGAGCUCAUUUACAACCUGGAACUGCCAAUGCGUGUUGAUCAUCGUCGUCAUGCUAUUAUUUUUGAUGUUUACAUUGACCUGGGCAUCAGUCAGCGGGACUAUUCACAUUGCAUACAGUCGGCUCAAACCGGUGGUGAUCAAGUGUCACGUCAACUAACCUUGUUUGCACAAUCUCUACAUCAGGUAGCAGAGCUUCUUAACGUGAACGAAUCUGAUAGCCAAGCACGUGACAUCUUUGUCAAGGAGUACAUGGAAACUGCUAAAGAACACCAUCAUGAACUCUUGUCACGUCGUGACCACAUUGAAAGUCGCAAAGAACAGCUUGAACAGAUUCAGGAGGAGCGUGCUAGGCUGAUAGAAGAAGAAGAAGAACGCUUGGACAAGGAGAAACGGGCGAGACGUGAGCAAGAAGAAGCGACUUUGAAGGUGGAGGCGGAGGAACGUACAAAGCGCCAUCUUGAGGAACAGAUGCAGCGAAGAAAGCUUAAGAUCGACCGUGAGCGAUUACGGACUUAUAUAAAUUCUGCGGCUGCACAUAACCUCCCUGCUGCAGUCGUGCCCGAAAUCACCGAGGCAGAUUUGGAACAAUGUAGCUUAGAAUCGCUGGUGGAGAAGCUGCACGGUGACAUGUACAGACGUCGUGCGGAGCUUCUGGAUCGUGCCAACGCCCGGGCUCGCAAACUGGAUCACUUUGUGCGCGCGUGCAGAUUACAAGAGAUUCCUCUUCUGAAGGAAGCCGCUGCUGCAGAGGCUAAGGAGCGCUUUGAACUCUUCCAAAAGGCACAGCAGGAAACUGAGGAAGCCUCAAAACGCGAGUAUGAAGAAAUGCUCAAGAAUAAUGCCCGUCUUGGUCGAAUUCGAGGCGACAUUGCCACUUUGGAGAAGUCGCUCAGGUCGUUGGAGCAAGCAAAGUACAAGGCAAAGCAUGCAGAAUGGGAGGCACUAAGAGCGCGCGUGCUGGAAGAGAGACUGGCAAAACGAAGGGCUGCUGAAGAGGCCGCCCGCAAGCUAGAAGAGGAGCGACUUGAGGCGGAGGCAAAGGCGCAGGCUGAAGCUAAGCAGCUUGAGGCUGAACGUGAGGCUGCUGAGCGUCGUCGUCAGGAGGAAAUUGCGGCAGCUUUGGCUGAGAAACGGGAACAGGAGAGGCUAGAGCGCGAAAAACAGUUGAAGCAGCAGCAGCAACAACAACAACAGCAACAACCACCACCAGCACCAGAGUCAUCUUGGCAAAGGAGGAAAGUCGUCGCAAGAUACUGGCUUGUUACCAAACUUUCAGACCUACAGCCGCCCGCACCUGCAUUCGGCGGUGGCUCAAUGCGCUCUGCACGAAAUUCGCAACCGACUCCACAUGCGUCAUCAUUCGAAUAUAAUCGUCCACGUUAUUCUCACGCCCCACCAUCCAACAAUUAUGGACGUUAUCAGGAUCCUAGAGGCUUUCGUGCGCGUGGCGAAGUGGCUAACAAUCAGACGUCCAAUGGUCCAUGGGUCCGACGACAUGUGGUUCUCCCCACCGAACCCCGCCCGGCGGAGAAGCCUGUUGAACCAUCAAAGCAACAGGGAUCUGAUGAUGACGGAUGGCAAGACGUGAAACGUCAUUGA